AGGUUGGAUAUGGCAGAAGAAAACAAAACGCUGGUGACCGAGUUUGUUCUCACAGGACUUACAGAUCAUCCAGGGCUUCGAGUCCCCCUGUUCCUAGUGUUCUUGGUCAUCUACCUCAUAACCAUGAUGGGCAACCUUGGACUGGUUGUUCUCAUUUGGAAAGACGCCCACCUUCACACCCCCAUGUACUUAUUCCUCGGCAGUUUAGCCUUUGCAGAUGCUUGUUCUUCAUCCUCUGUGACUCCCAAGAUGCUUAUAAAUUUUUUAUCAAAGAAUCAUGUGAUAUCUCUCUUUAAGUGUAUGACCCAAUUAUAUUUUUUUGGUUCCAGUGCCACCAUAGAAUGUUUCCUCCUGGUAGUGAUGGCCUAUGACCGCUAUGUAGCCAUAUGCAACCCCUUGCUUUAUCCAGUGGUGAUGUCUAACAACCUCUGUACUCAAUUUAUAGGUGUUUCAUAUUUUAUUGGUUUUCUACAUUCAGCAAUUCAUGUGGGUUUGUUAUUUAGAUUAACUUUCUGCAGGUCCAAUGUAAUACAUUAUUUCUACUGUGAAAUUUUACAACUGUUCAAAAUUUCUUGCACUGAUCCUGCAGUUAAUAUACUUCUGGUUUUAAUUUUUUCAACCUUCAUACAAGUCUUCACUUUUAUGACCAUCAUGGUCUCUUACACCCUUGUCCUCUUUGCCAUCCUGAAAAAGAAGUCUGAAAACAGCAGGAGCAAAACCUUCUCCACGUGCAGUGCCCACCUGCUCUCUGUCUCCCUGUUCUAUGGCACUCUCUUCUUCAUGUAUGUGCGCCCUGGGUCUGGCCCCACUGAAGAUCAUGACAAAAUGUACUCUUUAUUUUACACUAUCAUAAUUCCCUUGCUAAAUCCUUUUAUUUACAGCCUCAGGAACAAAGAAGUUAUAGAUGCCAUAAGAAGAAUAAUGAAAAAAUAA